AAGAAUAUGGCAGUGCUGGAGAGACUGGCAUUCCUGCACCAGAUCCCUUUGCUGUUAAAAGGAACGUCUGAUGAUAACACUCCUUGCCCGGGGUACCUGUAUGAAGAAAUUGCUAAGAUUUCCCGCGAGUCUCCAGGAAGCUGCCAAUGUCUGCUGGAAUAUCUUCUGAACCGGCUGCAGAGCAGCUCCUGUCACGUGAAGCUGAAGGUGCUGAAAAUUCUGCUGUCUCUCUGUACUCACGGAUCAGCGCAGUUCGUCCGUGAUCUCCGACGCAAUGCCUCGUACAUCCAGGAAGCAGCAGACGUAAGCGGACCCCCUGACCCUCUACAUGGCGUCAGCUUGUAUCAGAAGGUCCGAGCCACAGCACAGGAGGUUGUGGGCAGCUUGUUCUCUGAUGUCUCGCCUCACCUUGUACCAGCAAUAUCGUCCAGAGAGAGGCCUCCCACAGGGAUGGGGUCUCAGGCUUCACACCCCCAAGCUCUUCAGGGGUUUGGGUAUUCCAAGGAAAAGCAAAGUCUGGGUGCCUCCGGAGACACCCUACUUGGUGGCAUACAGCGGACUGCUGUGGCUGUGAGCCAUGCUGUGAUGGUCGGAACUGGGUCGCCUUCUCCGCGCCUCACCGAUGAGACGAAUGACUCGUACAAGCCGGUGGCCGUCCCUGCUGGUGAGUGGCGCCCUCCUGUGGGGAAGACGGCUGCUGCACAUGGUUCCAGAGUUUGCCAUCGCUCAGGGGUUCCUGGGGGUGGAUGGGAUGAGAGUGACAGCGGACACAGCUCUCAGGAGUCCUCGCAGGGAAAGUCUCCGUGUAGCCAGUCCUCCGAAGCCGGCAGCAAAUCCGGCAGCGAUGGCCAAUCGCGUGGAAGCAACAGAGAGAACUCUGAGAUGACCGAAAGAGCGGAACCAGCGCACCCGGGCGAUUGUCUGCAGGAGGCACAGCUGGUCUUAGGUGUAAGCAGAGGCAACAAAGUGUUUCUUACCCAAGAGGAGGUGCAGCAGUUUGUCAGAGGGUGUUCUCUGCUGAACUGUGAAGUAGUAUUCGAGAUGUUAAACCAUUCGCUCGCGGAUGACAAUGAGUGCGUCAAGAUGCGCUCCUUGUGUGCCAUAUCUUCUCUUAUGACCUCUGACCUCCUGUCUCAUGACCACAUGUUUUCUGUGGUCAGGCGGAACCUACAGAAGCUGAGCGAGGGCUCUCCAGGACCUGUGACCGACAAGGCGACCAAGAUUCUGCGGCAAUUUGAGGCACUUACCCAGCAUUCUAAUCCGCGAAAGGCUCUGAGCCACGUCUCGUCGGUGUCCUCAUCGCUGCCCUGCCAACUGGAUCUAUUGAGUGACGUUAACCCUCAGCCGGGGAAGGAGGAUAUAUUGAAGCCAUUGAGUGUCCCGUCUUCACCCACCCCUGCGUCAGACACACUACACCCAGUCGCUUGCUCUUCAGACCUGAAUGGGGUCAGUAGGAGAACAGACAAAGAGGGAGACGCGAGCGAUCGCCCGGUAGUGGCUGGGCACAAGGAGGGCCGUGUGUCCCUUUUUGAUGGCAUGGAGAUAAUUAACCCUUUGAAAAACUCUGACCGCAUGGUAAUUACCCAAGCAGCUGCAGUUACUACCACCGAAAACCCCGACACGCCAACAACCGAGGACAUUGGAUCCAAGCCACGUUUACAAUCCGUGUUCUCUUUCCUGAACUUUUGAGCAUCAGGAUCUGUUGAAUUUUUACCGUACUUCUCCUCCCACCAAGAACAGCCUCACUUUGCUCUGCUACUUAACCGAAAAUGUAUAUUUUUAACAACUGCUUGAUUUAAGAGUCACUGGGGAUGGUGGGAGUGGACGUAACAGCUCCUUGGUGUCCCUUUUAUUUAUAUUUUUCAGGUUAUUUAAUAACAAGUUAUGUAUCCUAGGAAGAAAUGUUUGUUUUGAAUGAUUGUAUGCUUGGCAUUGAUGCAUCAUGCUCUGAGAUAUUGUAAAAUAAAAUAUUAAGGGUUAUGGAA